GGUGUGUAAAAUCGAUAGCCUCGAGACAAACCCACAGCCUUUCCCAAAAUCUCUCGAAACGCCCCUCACCGUCGCACCUCAAUUAUUGCUUCCAAACCCCCGGGACAAUUUUUUUUCGUAAUCGCGCAACGCCCCUCUUUCGAAAUCUGCAAUCAAAUUCAUACAAUUCCCAAAAGCCCCAAAGUUGAAAUCGCGGACAGACGUGCAACAAACCUUUUUUGAAAGCUGAGGAGUGUAUUCGAUUGGCUGUUUUUCCUGCGAGACAUAACGAUUAUUUAUAUUUAUUCAUCCAUCAUGACCGAAGAAGAUUUCAAAGCCGCAGAAGCUUCGAAUGAAGCUGCGCAAGGAGGAGAAGAAGAAGAUGAGGAGGAUGACUAUAUGAACAUGAUAAUUUCCGAGCCCGUUAAGCCGCGAGAGAAGGAAACAUACACCCAACGACGACAGCGGAUACAGCGAGAAUCCGAAGCGCGAUCGCGCACGAAGUCGAAAGCUGAGAUAGCGGCCGAGGAACAUGCUGCAAGGGAAGACGCGCUGUCGAAAUCGAUGCUGGAGGCGCCGGAGAAUGCGAAUAGUAAGGGAUUGAAGAUGAUGGCGAAGAUGGGGUUUAAGCCUGGAGUUGCGCUGGGGGCGAAGGAUAAUGUGGGGGCGAGGUUGGAGCCGGUGGGAGUGACGAUCAAGGAAGGGAAGGGGGGGAUUGGGUUGGAUGAAGAGAAGAAGAGGAAGUUUAGGGAGGAGGUGGAGAGGGAGGGGAAGAGGGUUAAGGCUGAGGAGGGGGAGUAUAGGGAGAGGGUUAGGAAAGAGAGGGAGGAUGCGAGAUUGGAAGGGAUGGUAGGCGCAGCGAUGAGAGUUGCGGAGAGGAUGCAUGGGGAAAGAGAGGAAGAGGAAGUGGAGAAUGCGAUUGAUAACGUGAGCGAGGAAUCUGGGGAUACUAAGGACGAACUGAAACGCAAAAUAUCAACCACACCGUUGAAGCAGAUCAACAUUUUAUGGAGAGGAUUAGUUCGAAAGCGCGAAGAAAAGGAAAGGGAUAGAAGGAUGAGAUAUGAUCUCCAACAAAGUUUAUCACGUUUACCGACCUACGAUGAUGCGGACGAAGAUAAGGAUGAUAAGAGAGCACUUGGAAAGGACAGGAUCCAGCAUACUCUUGUGGAGGAUUUGGAAGAAGAGGACCCGGAGCUAGAUGCUUUCAAUCUACUGGAACCGGCUGAGAGACUACAAAAAAUCGUUGAACAUUUGAGGUCGCAGUACAAUUAUUGCUUCUUUUGCAAAUACACAUAUCCCGACGAUUCAAUGGAUGGCUGUCCAGGUUUAACGGAGGAAGAUCACGAUUAGCGAUCAUUGAUUUGUAUCAUGGAAUUUUUAAUUGUAAUAUGAUAUCCAUUAUCA